AAUGAACUGUUCUUCGUUUCCAUUACGGUUAACUGAAAGUGGAACUUAUUUAGUAACAAAUAUCAUCCUCACGCCGUUAAUAGGAGUUGCAAGUUUAGUUUGUAACUUUCUGCUUCUAAUCAUUGCAAGAUCAAAAUCUUUGGAAUGCCACAAGUCUACAUAUUUGUAUGUUUCGGCUAUAGCAGUUAUUGACCUUCUUUUCAUCACUUUCAAAUCAAUUGGAAUAACACUGGAAUCAGAAGUUGCCUCUUUUGUCUGGACCUAUUCAAGACCAAGUGCCUUUUUUCGACACGUAGAAUACGGAGUGGGAAGGAGUCUAGAAUGGUUAAGUGGAUGGUUGCUCGCGGGUGCUUUAGUAGAAGCGGUUUUUCAAAUAAAAAGAAAUGGUAAUAUGAGGAAAAGUUCCAUAUUUAUACUAAUAAUGAUUGGUGUUGCCGCUGCUAUUGUCAGUAAUACUCCAAGAUUAUUUGAAAUAACCAGAGUCCGAAUUCAUAAUUGCCUAGAAUUAAAAGAAUUAUGGUUUGUUGAGUAUACAUCUAUAAUGUUUAAUACAACUUACCGUAAUAUCUACUGUUGGCUUGCGACCGCCCUAGGGCACCUAUGUCCUACACUUAUAAUUGGGUCUUUAUUGAUUAAAAUUGGACUAUUUGUACGAUCGAAGGAUAAAUGGAAACAAGUUAAUGAACCAAUGAGAAAUGUAAUGAGUUUGGCCCUUUUAUGGUUAAUAACAAAUUUUCCGUUAAUGGUACUGGAAAUCAUACAGAAUAUGGGAAACGAAAAACCGAAAUUCCUAUCACGUUUUAAUGAUGACCGUCUAUCAGUGAAUUUAAUAAAAUUAUCUAGAUCAGCAGGAACGUUAUUUAUUUGCUUGUUUACAAACCAACAGUUCUUAGCACUAUUUCGAAGAAGGUUUUGUUGCUUUCCUCUAGGAGCAAAUUGUUCUCGCAAGAGUAGAAAGAAUAGAGGUGACGAUACCAUCUGGUUGGAUAUACCAUAUUGGGUGCCGUCUUCAAGACCAUCGGAAGCUCCUCCAAAGAAUAAAGUUCACGAAGAAGAGCCUAUGGGUUUUGAUAAUAAGGGAGCGGUUGUAGAAGAUGAACCUUCUAAAAAGGAACCGAAGAAAUUUUUUGCCGUCCCUAGUAUGUACAUUUAG